GCCCCUUUUUGGGUUUCCCCUUUCCACAGAGGGGAAAAGGAAAGGAAUUAUGAUUCCUUCAAAGGCUUUCUCAACAACAAAGAUAUAAUUUCAUCCUUUUCUCUUUGAUUUAGGGUUCUCUCGAGCUGCCUCUGCCUCUGCAAUUCUUACCCACGAUGGACGAAAAUGGUCACCGGGAAAACGGACGCCAUAAGCCGCAUCAGGGACAGUGGUUGAUGCAGCAUCAGCCAUCAAUGAAGCAAAUAAUGUCGAUUAUGGCCGAAAGAGACGCAGCGAUCCAGGAACGGAACUUAGCCAUUUCCGAGAAGAAAACCGCCCUAGCCGAGAGGGACGUAGCCAUUUUACAACGGGAUUCCGCCGUAGCAGAACGAAACAACGCAAUAAUCGAACGAGACAAUGCCAUAGCCGCUCUCCAAUUCCGAGAAAACGCCCUCAACGGUGGCAGCGCUUCUCCUUGUCCGCCAAGCUGCCAAAUCCCGACCGGCGUGAAACACGUUCAUCAUCAUCCCCAGCACCACGGGCACCACCAAUUGCUCGCCGCCGAAACUCCCGAUAGUAUGCAAAUGACCGACGUCGUCCCGGGGUCGCCCGUCCAGCCUGAACCGGGCAAAUCCCGACGCGUGAAACGUCCGAAAAACGAGACACCUAGUAAGAGGACGUCAAAAUCUUCAAAAAGAAUCAAACAGGAAACGGAGGACCUCAACAAAACUAUGUAUAGAUCGCCCGAAACGGGCGAUGUCCUAAACCGGCAGCUUGGCGGAGCAAAACCCGACUGGAAAGAUCAAGACUUGGGCCUGAAUCAGGUGACGUUCGACGACUCGACGAUGCCGGUUCCCGUCUGCUCGUGCACGGGGGUACUCAGGCCGUGCUACAAGUGGGGCAACGGUGGCUGGCAGUCGUCGUGCUGUACGACGAAUUUGUCAAUGUAUCCGCUCCCGGCAGUGCCCAACAAGCGCCAUGCCCGAGUUGGCGGCCGGAAAAUGAGCGGCAGCGCUUUCAACAAGCUGCUUAGCCGCCUUGCUGCGGAGGGCCACGAUUUGUCGAAUCCCGUCGACCUUAAAGAGCACUGGGCGAAGCACGGGACUAAUCGAUAUAUUACGAUCAAAUAAUAACCGGGUAAGCGAGUACGACGGAACCGGAAUUUGGAAACUAAGAACUCUGGGCUUGCUUGUUCGUCGGCGCCGCCGUCGAUGUCGGCUCCGGCUACUCAGGUAAUAACAAUGUGAUGGUGUAAAUGUUGUAAGUUAGGCAAUGUUGACGACGAAAAAAUGGGAGCUGGCUGAUGUUAUGGUUUAAGGUUUAAGAUUUAUGUCCCAAUCUAAGGAUUCAAGUGGCAAAUGUACCUGUGGUUCGGUUUGUUUGGUUGUUUUUGGGGAACAUACUUUGUAGUUUUAAAAAAUUAUAUCAAAUUUCUUUUAAUUUUAAAA